AUGGGUAUAUUGGAGAAAAUUGCCCAAAUUCAAGAUGAAUUGGCAAGAACUCAAAAGAAUAAAGCUACUGAAUAUCAUAUUGGUUUAUUAAAAGGUAAAUUAGCAAGGUAUAGACGAGAAUUAUUAGAACCUCAACCUGGUCAAGGUGGUGGGGGAGGUGGUCAAGGUUUUGAAGUUGCAAAAGCUGGUGAUGCAAGAGUUUCAUUAAUUGGUUUUCCAUCUGUUGGUAAAUCUUCAUUUCUAUCAAAAGUUACAAAUACAAAAUCUGAAGCUGCUAGUUAUGAAUUUACAACUUUAACAUCUGUUGGUGGAAUUUUACAAUAUCAUGGGGCUGAAGUUCAAAUUGUUGAUUUACCAGGGAUUAUAAAAGCUGCGUCUCAAGGUAAAGGUAGAGGUAGACAAGUUAUAGCAGUUUCAAGAACUUCUGAUUUAAUUUUAAUGGUUUUAGAUGCAACAAAAUCAGAAGAUCAAAGAUCAAUUUUAGAAAAUGAAUUGGAGUCAAUGGGUAUAAGAUUAAAUAAAACAAAACCUGAUAUAAGUAUAAAAGGUAAAAAAACUGGAGGUGUUAAAAUGAAUUCAAUAACACCACCUAAAAAUCUAGAUGAAAAAAUUAUAACUGCUUUAUUGAAAGAUUAUAAAAUACAUAAUGCCGAUGUUUUGAUAAGAGAUGAAAAUGUUACAAUUGAUGAUUUUAUUGAUGUGAUAAAUGAUCAACACAUUUCUUAUAUCAAAUGUUUAUAUGUUUAUAAUAAAAUUGAUGCUGUUUCUUUGGAAGAAUGUGAUAGAUUAGCUAGAGAACCAAAUACUGUGGUUAUAUCAUGUGAAUUAGACUUAGGUAUAGAAGAUUUAAAAGAAGAAAUAUGGAGACAAUUAAAUUUAUUAAGGCUAUAUACAAAGAGAAGAGGUAUACAGCCAAAAUUUGAUGAACCAAUGGUGGUUAGAAAUAAAAGUACAAUUUUAGAAGUUUGUGAUUCAAUUCAUAGAGAUAUGAAAAAUCAAUUUAAAUAUGCUCUAGUUUGGGGCUCAAGUGCAAAACAUUCACCUCAGAAAUGUGGGUUGAAUCAUUCAGUUCAUGAUGAAGAUGUUGUGCAAAUAGUUACAAAAUAA